AGUUUUUGAGAAUGAUGAACUCAACUGUUCAUUCCAAUCGUUACUUUAAGCCCAAGAAUGAGUUUCAAAUGAAUGAACGUCGACGAUCCGCAAACUACCAUCCAAGCAUUUGGGAUCCCAAAUUCGUGGAGUCAUUAAACACAUCCUAUACAUAUGAGAUCCAUGGCUGUAAAUUAGAGGCGUUGAAGCAACAAAUCAGAAGCUUGCUUAAACCCACGAAAGAAUUUGAAGCUCCAGCUCAGUUAAAGCUUGUGGAUUCAAUGCAACGUCUAGGCAUGGCAUACCAUUUUGAGGAAGAGAUUGAGGAGACUAUUGGCCUUGUUCGAGGUGGUGGCAGUAGCAAUCUUUCCAUAGCUUCGCUGCAAUUUCGGCUUCUAAGAGAACAUGGAUACCCCGUCAGCUCAGCUGUGUUCAACAAAUUCAAAGGCAGUGAUGGGAGAUUCAUGGAGAGCUUAAGCAAAGAGGCAGAAGGUCUUCUGAGUCUGUACGAAGCUUCACACUAUGGAGUUGAUGGGGAACAUGAUUUGGAAGAAGCCAAGAAUUUUAGUCUCAUACAUCUGAAAGCAUUUGCAAAGAAGGAUCAAGGCAGUAAGCUGGGGAAACAAAUUCAAAAGUCCCUGGAAAUCCCCCUCCGGUGGAGGAUGACAAGAUUGGAAGCGCGAAGCUUCAUCGAUCUCUAUCGAGUGAACAGCACAGAAAACUCAUUGUUGCUGCAAUUUGCUAAGUUGGAUUACAAUCUGGUGCAAUCAGUGCAUCAGAAAGAAGUGAAGGACUUAAUAAAGUGGUGGUUGGGCACAGGCUUGAAUGCAAAGCUUAGCUUCACGAGGGAUCGACUAAUGGAGAACUAUUUGUGGGCGAUGGGGAUAAUCUUUGAGCCGAAGUUCUCCAAAUGCAGGAUAGGCCUCACCAAGUUUAUCUGUAUACUAACAGCAAUAGAUGACAUGUAUGACAUCUAUGGAUCACUCGAUGAGCUUCAACUUUUCACCGAUGCAGUGAACCGAUGGGACGGGAAGGCCACAGAUCACCUUCCCGAUUACAUGAAGAUAUGCUACUUGGCCAUGUUCAACUUUGGAAAUGAAAUUGCUCGGGAUGCUCUGACAGAACAUGGCUUGAAUGUGAUCCCCUUCAUCAAGGAAGAGUGGGCAAAUCUUUGCAGAUCAUAUCUGGUUGAAGCGCAAUGGUUUUACAAUGGGUACACUCCAACCCUGAAGGAAUACUUAGAAAGUGGAUGGAAUUCAGUGGGUGGUAAAGCAGCCAUAGCCCAUGCUUAUCUACUGCUAGGAUCCGCCAUAACCAGACCUUCUGUUGACAGCUUCAAAGCUUGCUCUGAUGUAGUUUACUGGUCAUCCCUCAUAGCUCGACUAAGCAAUGAUUUGGGUACUUCAAAGGCUGAGAUCAUGAGAGGGGAUGCAGCAAAGUCCAUUCAGUGUUACAUGAUCGAGGAGGGAGUGUCUGAAGAAGAAGCAAGAGAGCAUAUAAAAGGGCUCAUGGGAUUUUCAUGGAGGAAACUUAACGAGGCAAGUGCGAGAAAUAAUCAUGCUAAAUCCCUAGUAAAGAUGUGUUUGAACAUGGCUAGGACUGCUCAACUUAUCUACCUGCGGGGAGAUGGGAUUGGCACAUCAGUUGGAGCCAUCAAAGAUCAUUUGAUCUCGUUAAUUGUGAAACCAAUUCUGAUUAAAUAAUCAAUUAAAUAGACGUUUUCUAAUAAAGUAUGUAUAAACAUUAGAAAACCCUGCAUGGACAAAAGCUAGUAAAUUAUGUCAUUCUGAUUGAAAGUGAUAUUCCCUGGCUAGCUAGCUAGCUAAUGCUUGUUGAUUCUUGAAGUACAAUAUGACCUCC